CCCCCCAGCCCUCGCCACGCCGCGGGACAGCGAGCGGCCCGCCCCCGCCAGCGAGCGCGGUGCCAGCGCCGUGUCCAUCCCGCUCCUCGCCUUCUCUCCUCCUCGCCGUCGGCGCCGUCCCUCCAUCCCGGGAUGCCUCCCAACCUCACCGGCUAUUACCGCUUUGUCUCCCAGGAGAACAUGGACAAUUACCUACGCGCUUUAGAUAUCAAUGUGGUCCUGCGAAAACUGGUUUGUCUCCUGAAACCUGAUAAAGAGAUCAUCCACACGGGAGAUCACAUGGUCAUCCGCACGAUCACCUCCCUGCGGGACUAUGUUAUGGAUUUUGACCUGGGAGUCCAGUUUGAGGAAGACCUGGGACCUGUGGAUGGACGCAAGUGCCAGACAACUGUCUCCUGGGAGGGAGAUCAGCUGGUGUGUGAGCAGCUAGGAGAGAAGAGGAACCGAGGCUGGAGGCACUGGCUGGAGGGUGACCAGCUGCAUCUGCGCAUGACUGCUGAAGACGAGGUCUGUGUGCAGGUUUUCCAGAAAGUGAAGUGAGCGCAGGUUCCCCAGAUGGACACUCGGACGGGAACUUCGCUCCAGAGUGCAAACUGCCCCGCAUUGGAAAAGAAACAACAGCCGACCC